UAGUGUCAUGCUAUGUGGUAUUGUGUUAUGUUUUGUGCAUUACAAAUUUGCGACCAUAUCCAUGUCCAUUGCAUGCAUGACUGUUUGUGUGAAUAAUCAGAUACUUUUAUCUCAGGAGACCGUAAUCUACCUACUCUAGAGUAGUCUGCACUUUGACAGGUGCAAAUUGUAUCCGCCGCUGUCUUUUUCCUGGGACCAGCUUAUUUAAUCGCUUUAUCCCUUACAAUUGUGAUUCCACGGCCAGGAGUAGCGACUAGCGAUUGAACAGCAAUUAGAACAGAUUACGAAGAAAAUGUUGGGGGACAGUGACGCCACACAUGACAUCCCCAUCGACAAGGAGCGGAAACGGGCCGAGACGGUGGAUUUGGCUGAAUCGCCCCUGAUUGUUGACAUUUCUGACGCCGUCAGCGAACGGGACAAAGUCAAAUUCACGGUGCACACGCGCACGACACUGCCUGCCUUCCGCAAACCCGAAUUCUCGGUGGUGCGCGAACACGAGGAAUUCGUUUGGCUGCAUGAUCGAUUCCUGGAGAAUCCUGAUUAUGCUGGAUAUAUCAUUCCCCCGUCGCCGCCUUUCCCCGACUUUGAGGCCUCCCGACGGAAGCUGCAGCAAUUAGGAGAAUCCGAAGGUCUGAUGACGAAGGAGGAAUUUGCCAAGUUCAAAGCCGAUUUAGAAGCGGAAUAUUUGGCCUUAUUCAAGAAGACCGUUGCGAUGCAUGAGGCGUUCCUGAUUCGGCUUGCCACUCAUCCGAAGUUGCGCGACGACAUGAAUUUCCGCGUUUUUCUGGAAUAUGAACAAGAGAUUGGUAUUCGAGGAAAAAACAAGCGCGAAAUGUUUGACAGCAUUAAAAAAGCGGUUUUCAAGCAAGCCGACGAUGUGUUGCUUUCCGGCCAGAAAGACGUGGACGAAUACUUUGAACAGCAAAAAUCCUUCCUAAACGAAUAUCACACGCACGUUAAAGAAGCAGCCAAAAAGAGCGAUACAGUGGUGGAGAAGCAUAAGGAAGUCAUCACCGAUCACGUCAAAAUGUCCUCGUUCAUGUCGCAGCUGGCCGCUGCCGAGCAGCCGGCUCUUACCAAAUUCUUGGAAGAUUGUUCGGAGAUACUCGAAAAGUCGCGCAAGACGGAGUUUAAAAAAUCCGCCGAUCAUGACUUAAAGUUAACCGAUACAUUGCUGUACUACCAGCGCGAAACCCAAGCGGCCAAGGAUCUGUGCCUACGUCGUGCCCGCUGUCUGCAUGAUUUCGAGGAGGCUACGAAGAAUUUGGAAAAGGCCAAGAUGAAGAACAAGGACGUACAUGCGGCCGAAACACAUCGCGAAGAAUGCCAGAAGCGUUUCGAGUCUAUCACAGAGUUGGCGCGCAGCGAGCUAAAAGAUUAUCGUCAGCGUCGCGUUAUUGCCUUCCGAAAAGGUCUAGUUGAGUUGGCCGAGCUGGAACUGAAACAUGCCAAAAAUCAUUUUCAGCUGCUGCAAACGUCUCUGGAGGCGCUGCGGUCUGGGCGCAACGGAACGGCUUAACUGUGGCCUUGUCGGUUUGUGCGUUUAUAUUCCAGUUAUGGUGAUUUUUUUGACCCGUAAAAUUAUCUUUAUUAAUUUUCAUUUUAGCUUUUUGUGAACUUUCAUUGUGAACUUUGAUGCACAUUUCCGGUUCUGUUGGAGCUGAUUAUUUAUUUUAAUUCUUUUGUUCUUUCUGAUUUUGUUUUUUUCUAAAUCUUUAAUUUCGUUCGAGAUUUGAUGGCAAUUGUUUAUACAUAGUUGAACACCCGAAGCAUGCUGCAGGUGCAUACAGAGUUACAUAUUUCAUAUAACAACACUGAUUUGGCAUUUUGA